CGUUCAUCGUUCUAUGGUUUCUAUGUUUGUAUGCUGGUGAGCUGGUGAGAAGCGAGUGAGGUUCAGAGCAGACCCAUCGAUUCAGGGGGAAGACAUUUUGAAAGCGCAAGUCUAGAGCCGUCCGUCGAGAAUAUUUCUCGCUCGCUGAUGAUGUUCAUUGAUCAUUGCCAUCGGUGGCUGAGUGUGAACGAAUCAACCAUUAGAGCCAGGCCUGUUUGACAGUGAAGUGAAGUGAGUAGACGAAUACAGAGCGUGUGCGAAGGAGGAGUUGUGCGUUCUACUCUCGGUUGGAAUAUUUUGUGAUUUAGGCGAUAUUCGGGAAGAAUAUUUCGAUAUUUGCGUGUGGGGAUACAUUUUUGCACGUCGGAGCUAUCGUUCACCGUCCGUAUGAGACCGAAUAGACUUUGGUUGGUGCAUUUGUGAAGGGCCAAAAGUCCAGGCCGUGUCCAGGGCCGAAAAUCCGAGCGUGAAAAUUGUGUGAAAGAUUUACGUUCCUCUCCGCUGCUGGUGCUGGUUCGAGCUUGUGUGUUGGUCUUUGUGGUUUUUGUGCGGUGGUGCCAUUCCGUUCUCACUUACGGGACGGGCCGGAAUAUUUUCUUUCGAUAAGUCGGUUUCUCCUCGCGUCCGCCCCCGCGUCUGUUUGUGGGCUGUGUGUUAUUUUACUUUUUUCUCCCAUUCAGUACUGGGCGAAGAAUGAUGUGUCUGUGUGUAUAGUGCGUGCAUGCGUGUAGUGGUGCGUGCUGAUGUUCAGGGCACAUACGAAGCAAGCAAAAUAAUAUACAUCGCAGGUUUUGGAAUCCGAUUUCCGAAUCCAUAAAAAAAGAAACGCACAGGAAAAGUGCUUCGCGGUUGGGAAGUAGUUUUCGCGAAAAACAUUCCGCCCGAAGUUGCCUGUGGCAGUGAGUAGCCGCCACAACGUGUGAAGAAUUUCCUAUCGCACUGGAGUGCAAAGUGGACUAGGAUAGAUUUAAUUAAUCCUAGGAAGAAAAUCUCAAGGCAGAAGCGCUGUAGUGUUGGUAUACACAGGUGAGCGGAUCAGGUCGUGGGAACGAUACACGAGAGGAGUAGCGGUAGCAGGGGCCAGCAAAAAACAGGAUGUAUCUCAGAAGAAUUCACAUAUCGACGAUACUGUUGGCAUGUUUCAUGCUGACAGCACAGUGGUCCAAUGCCUUGGCUCAGGAUGAACAGAAAUUAAAUAACCGCAACAGUCAGUCUCCGUCGGCCUCGUUUGGCGCGGGUGGAUCCAGUCCGAAUAAUGACAUCUACAUCGACGACGAAGGCCUCGAGGGUUCCGGAAGCAGAGGAGAGAUUCGCGACGAUCUAGAGAAGGAAGACGACGAAUCUUCCGGCUCCGGGUACGGGGACGAUGACGAGGACUCCUCCGCGCGAGGCCCCAGUCGAAGCAACAGCGGCAGCACCGGCAUCUCGGGCAUAGGCCUCGGCGGCAGCUCAAAGGGCGACAGCGGCGGAAGCUCAUCCGGCGGGGCAGGUUCCAUCGGCGGCGGCGGCGCCGGAUCAGGUGAUCAUGAGCUCGACGGGCGCGAAGAUGACGAUGAAGAUGAUGAUCUCUACACAGAGACCAAAAGACCGUCCAUUGAUCUGGGCCCGACCGACGACGAAGAUAUGCCAAUCGACACGAGCAAAUCGGGCGGCGGCAGCGUAACGCACGGCCACGGUCACGCACCGGACGGAACCGAUCCGGAGAUCUACACCCCGCGCAUCCCGCCGACGGAGGGCGGCGGCCACGAUAGCAACAACGCGUACGGCGGCAGCGGCGUCCUGAUCAUGAACGCCAAGAAUGAGGACAGGACCGCGAGCUUCUUCGCGCAGCCGGGCAUUCUCGCAGCUGUGAUUGGAGGCGCCGUAGUUGGGCUGCUUUGCGCCAUCCUGGUGGUCAUGUUCAUUGUCUACCGAAUGCGGAAAAAGGACGAAGGAAGCUACGCCUUGGACGAACCCAAGCGAUCCCCGACGGCCAACACCUACGCCAAGAACGCCAACAAUCGGGAAUUCUACGCCUGAGACUACUCGAUCGACUCCAGUGACGGUGAUUUGUAAGCUGCGUUCGUGUACGAAUCGGGUGCAUCGACGUUGCUCUCUUUCUCUCCUCAAUAGAAAAAAAGCAAAGCUACUACUACUUGUGUUGAUUUGAACGGUUCGGUGGGGAUGGUCACCAAUUGAGGGGAACAAAACAAUUGGAACAACACUAGCGCAAAAGGUAGAAUGUAGACAAAACAACUAAAACAUCAGAAUGCUGCGGGUAGAAUGCUUUUUUAAAAUGCAAAACUUUCCGAGAAAAUUCUGACUAGAGCGAAAUUUCAAUGGAAACGCGUAUUGAAACUGAGAGUGACGGCGGCAUUACACAAACGGCGAGUCACAACUGAUCUGUAGAGUCGUGUUGACGGAGUUAAUUCAGCAACAGUUUUUUCACGGUGCGAAUAAGAUGAUUUGGUAGGCGAUUGAUUAGUUGUUUACUUUUGGCGACAUAGACAGCGAAAAAGAGACUAACAGAGGGAGAAAAUAAUAGUAGGCGUGGGUGCGGUGCACCUAACGCCUACAAAGAGCAUGAUUAUUUUAUAUUUUUUAGAUUUUCGUUUUAUUUUCAAAAACUAAAAUGUUUUUUUAGGAAACGUGGCAACUGUUUUUUCUAUUCCUUUUAAACCUGAAAAGUUAAGAUAUGAAGUGUAACGUUGCAGCAUUUAUUACGGAAGGCAGGCAUAUUUACUCACUCUGACACGCAGUGAAUAACACUGGCGAUUGAAAACAGGCAAAGUUCUAAUAUGUAAGAAAAAGGCUAAAAAUCGUUUAUAUAGGAGUAAAUAGAUGUUACAUAUUUAUAAAUGGCAAGCUGGAUGACGGAAAAUGGAGGCAGAACAGAAAACAAAUAAAGUUUUUUUUUUUCGUUCUUUUUUUUCGAUUGGGAUCGCCAUAUUUUCUGUUCUAACGCCACGGCAUCUUUUUUUCAGACAAUAUUUGAAAAUCAUAUAGGCAAAAUCUAAGAAAAACUGAACAUUUCAUCCAUAACUGGGGAAAGACGAUUGAUACUUUAUUGUUAAAGUAUGGUAAUUAGAAUGCUGAAAAGAUAUCUGAGAAAAAUGAGAAAUCUUUGUAUAGGACAAAAAUAUAUAUAAAACUAUUAUUAUUUAUACAAUUACUUAUUACUCUUUUUUAAUGAAGAAGAAACACAAAUUAAGCCCUAAACAGACUAACUAUUAACAAAAAGAGAAUCUGUUACAAUUAAUUCUGAUAGCAAUAAAACUCAAACAAGCAGAGUUUUCAAACAGCUCGUCUUUUCUGUUCAAAAGUUGAAAAACGACGAUUAAUGAGCAUUUUAGUAAAAUAGGAAGCGUAUACUAACGGUGAAUUGAUGAACAUUUUUUUCAGUGCGUCUCAACUCGGGUUAAUGUGCAAAAAAAAGCGAUCAAAUAGAGGGGGGAAAUUGGGAAAACGGGGAGACAUUUUCCAAUGCAGCUUAAUUGGUUAAAUGUUGUCGAAUAUGUAGUUUCUUUUUACUCACGCGUACACUUUUGUUUCAGUUAUUGUCACGCGACGGAAUUGAACCAGCUGAAGAGCGAUCCAAAACACUUAAUCAAAUGAGCGUCUUGAUUCGUAGCUUGAAAAGGAUCAGGUUUUGAAACAUUAUAACGUAGUAGGUAGACAUUUUUCGACACCUAAUUACGUGGCGUUUAGUUUUCGGUUAAAUGAAUUAAACUCACUGAAGGAUGGUAAUCAAAACGAGGUUUUGCGUAUAUCUUCCUCAGUAGAGCUCCAAGAUUCAAUGACUCUGAGGAAGAUGAAUUGCUUUUUUUUUUUCAAAAACAUGAAGUGAAAGAUAAAUCGAACAGAUAUCACACAUACAAAUAGCUUUUUACUAAAUUAUAAACUGAGAUAAUGAAAACAAAUUGUAUGUAUAAAUCAAGUGGACGCAAAAUUUACUAUUAUAAUUAUCAUUGUAAUUAGUAUAGUAAACAAACAAACAAACCAAAACAAACAAAAAAUAUGUGACGUCAUGGAUUUUACGUAAUGUUUACCCAUCUGAAUAGUAGGCGUGUAUACCGUGCAAAGCUCCCGAACGAAAACAAACAAGUAUUACCAUAGCAACCAGAUAAAGAAAUUCUCUCCACUAGAGUGGGAGAGCUAUAUUUUUACUCGUUUUGAUCAACCAAACCUUAUAUGUGCCCGAGAAUAAGAAAAUGUACUCAUGUUUAGGAAAAUCUGUAACCAUGCUCAGUUUCCGUUGUUUUGCCCGUUAUUUAGAUAUUGCUUACAGAAGAGAUAAACAAAUGUAUCCUAUAUAUAGAGAGUAAUAUCAUGCUAACGAACCUAUAUACUGCUGACUUAGUAAGAUGCGCCAGAAAUAUUUGGAUGGACAUUUUAUCACUCGGAAAAUAAUCAUAAACACGAACACCUGCAACGCAUUUGAAUUCGCCACAUUAACGCAAAGCGCAAAUCCAACGCCCGAACAGCAGCGCCAUCUCGGUGACGUUGUGGCAGCUUACUGAAGCCACCAAUUUUGACAGCUUCCCCCACAGACACGUCCAAUCGCAGCAACCUCUUACCACCACAUAGACUCGAAUCCAAAACAAAGCACGCCCACAUCGUUGAACAGAAACCAGUGAUCAGAUGUCAAAACGAUUUGUAAACGAAAACCAAAAAACUAACCCCUCUCAGAUGUACGCACUAAUAAGAUGAGAAACGAUGAUUCAAUGGCCUAAGCUGAACUUUGAUAAACUGAGGAAAUGCAACCCACAAUUAUCUGCCGUUCCUAAAAUGAUUCACUUUUUAUUUUGACACCCCUCUUCCCCUUCCCAAUUACUUCAAACGCUAACUAGAGACUGAUUAUAGGAAAGAAAUGAUUCGAAAAUAACAUUUUAAUUUAAUGCCAAUCCCUGUCCUCUCGAUUUUAUUUUUGUGCCAUUGGGAAAGAUUUAAGUUUAGCUGGUAACACUUCCUUCUUCCUUCCACUACCGCAAAUGACCGUAAAUUCGCCAUCCCACUGCUUGGAAUCUCCCGGUAACUACAGUAAAAGAUAUGCAUUUAUUAUUAACAUGUCGCUUCAAAAUCAAAUAAACCGCGAAUUACAUUCCGAACGAAGGUAAAUGAAAAUUUUCGAAACUCUUGAUAUAAUUUCCACUAACUCGACUCGUUUCUACUGGAACUAUAUUUUUCUCUCAGUGUUGGAAAGAUUUCGAUAGAAUUAGCCACGAAAUUAACUGGAAAUUGUAAAUGUGCGUGCUCGCACCCGAACUACUAAUACUACUAAAGUGCGGUAAAUGGAAAAAAAGCAAAACAAUAAAUAGACACAGAGUAUAUCGGAAUAGGCGAAGACGAGUUCGAAGUGAUCAGCCUGGCGAAUAAUAAACAAAUACAUAGAAAACAAAAUGUCGGAUGUAUUGAGGCAACGUAAAAGAGAUGCAGCAAAACUCGAUAAUUGAAGAGAGAAUAGUUAUUGUAAAUCAGAGGAAGAAAGAUGCAAAACAGAAAUCAUUAGAAAUAUUAUCUAAAGAAUAAGUUUAAUAUACAAGAAAAGAAGAAAAAACAAACAGUUACAUCACAGAGAAAAAAAAACAGACAGAUACUUACGAACCGGAACAUGCAAGAAAAACACAAUACUGGACACAAACAAACGGACAACAGACAAGCAAACACUCACAUAUGUAAGGGACAAAUGUAAAUAAAGGAGUCUUUACAGUGUAAUAAAGAGAA